GGUGGACGAGGAGUUGAAGGCGUUGAGGCAGGGAAUCGACCGCGGUUUCGUGUCGGUGCUUGUCGACGGUGAUUGUAUGAAUUUUACCGACGAGCUCAUAAAGCAAGGCGACCAAGGUGGACGCCAGGCCGCGCGGCAGCUCAUGAGCUCCGUCUCGGCGUACCUGAAGAGCAACGUGCCUCGGAUUUCGCCCAACGUGGACGUGGUGGUGCGCGUCUACGCCAACCUGCAGGGCCUGGCCAAGGUAUACCGCGACGCGGGCGUGACGCACGACGCCAGCGAGCUGGAGCAGUUUGUGCGCGGCUUCAACAUCGGCCACCCCAUGUGUGAUAUGGUAGACGCCGGCAACGGCAAGGAAUGCGCCGACGACAAGAUCAAAGAAAACUUCAAGUUGCACCUUGCAGACGUGCACUGCAAGCACAUACUGUUUGGCGGCUCGGCCGACAAUGGCUACGCCCGCCUCCUGGGACCCUACAGCGCCGACGCCUCCGCCAACACGCGCAUCACCCUGCUCGAGGGCCCGCCGUUCGCAAGCGAGCUGCGCGACCUGCUCGCCGCCCAGGCCUUUGCCUCCACCGCCCUGCCCGACCUCUUCCGCUCCACUAAAAUCGUCGUCCCCCGCCGCGUCCCCUCCCCGCUGACCCCGCCCGUCUCGCCUAUCGCCAAGGGCGCUGCGCCAGGGAACUAUGCUUCUGCUGCCGCGCUCAACAACAACAGCAGCGGGAACGUCGACGUCGUGCCCACUGCCAUCACCACCACCACCGGCAAAGCCAGCACCGCCCCGGCCUGCCCCCCGCUCCUCGCCUUCAACGCCCUCAACCAACGCAUCGACGCGCCGCUCCCGUACUCCGCGACGCUCUUCACGGCCCUCAAAGCCAAAAAACUAUGCAACCCGUACCACCUGCUCGGGGCCUGCCACUACACGCACUGCAGCCACGGGCACGGCGCGCCGCUGAGCGCGAAGCAGCUGCUGGCGCUGCGGCAGGUGGCGCGCCUGGCGCCGUGCGAGGCCGGCCUGGAGUGCCGGGACGAGCUGUGCAUUGCGGGGCAUCGAUGCCCAUUUGGGGCCGCGUGUCGGGGGGCGGCGUGUAGGUUUGGGAGGGAGAUGCAUGGUGUUGAUACGGUUAUUGUGCGGGUUGUAGGGGGCGGGGGCGUGUGAGUGCAUCGUGAAGGAGGUUGGUUGGGAGGCGAGGAAGGGCAAGACGGGGUUUCGAGUUUGUUUUUGGUGGUUGUGGUGGUGUUGGUGAGUUGGGUGGGUGGGUAGGUACGUAGGUAGUAGGUACGUAGGUAGUAGGUACGUAGGUAGAGACAUACCUGCAUCCAUAGGUAAGACUGUAAGUCCGAACAAACCACUUCUCCGCC